CUUUUCGCCAUUUUCCAUCAGUUGGAGUUCAUCUUUCGUGGCGUACGCAGGACGGCCCGCUCGUUGCGUUCGAAUUGUGCGAAUACACUCCCGGUCGUGCAGUGUUUAAGGGUUUGUGUGUGUACGUACGUGUGUGUGUGUGUGUGUUUGUGUCUGUAUCGAAGCAUUUCUAUUCCUGUGUGCGAGCGUGCGGUCUAAGGCAUUUGGUGGCCAGUGCCAUUAACCAGUCACCAUGGCCGAAGGAUAGUGCCGCUUAUCGGUUCAUCAGCACGGGUGCGUGUUUGCAAAGCGUUCCAAUGCUACGUGCUGUAUUGUGCAGGGAAAUUAAAAUCAUCCGACUAAAAAACUCUCCACAAACAAUCAGCCAACCUCGUUGGUGUGGUGAAACCAUUAUGAACCUGUUCGUGUAUUGCAGAGAGACAAUUGAGGAGAGUGAAUAUUAGUGAAUUACGGUGAGUGUUAGAGUGUAGUGAAUUUGUGUGAAUUCAGAUUCGUGAAAAGCAGCCGUUGUGAAUUUCAUUGUUGUCACAUACUGUGUGUUGUUUCGGUGAAUUGCUGUGUGUGAGAUCGUGUACCAUAAGUGAGGUCUGCGAAUAGAAAAGCUGGCAAGAAUUAAUGUGCGUAUACGCUAAUAGCAGAUUAUAGCAGUGCUGUUGAAGGUAAAAUCCAAUCCAGUUGACGAUGUGGCUGUUUGGAUUUAUGUUGAUCGCCAUCGUGUGUGCCGCCAAGUGCACGGAGGCAGACAUUUCGGUGGAGGCAGCAUUUCAAGGACGUUGUGGCCACGGGAGUCCUUGUGAGCAAUUGUGCUACGAGCUGCACGAUGGCAUGUACGAGUGCGACUGCUCGGAGGGAUUCGAGCUGAACAAAAAUGGCUAUAGUUGCCAAGAAAUCAAUUCUACCUCCAGCGACGAUAACGCAUCGAACGGUGAGGAGGAUGUCCUUUAUCAGCGUGGUGCAUCGUUCAGCGCCAAACUCGACAUAUCCGAUCUGCACAUAUCGAUGAAAUCGUUCGACGAUGACGAUGGAGCCGAAGAAGCGAAAACGACGUCGGGCGGUAGCGGAGGCCGGCAGGGAGCGGUCACCAAAGCGCGACCCCCAUCGAGCGCGAACCCGAACAGCAUCAACGCGAAGAGCGAUGAAUUAGCGCGAAGAAAGGCAAACCGUAAUUGGAAACUCGAACCGUCCUCGAAGCAAUCGGCGAAUGCGAAUGAGGGCCGCGCCCGCUCGUCAAGCCGCAAGGAAAAAUCCAUCCAAAAUGAUGGCCUGCCCGCGCUGGUGACGGCGUACGGUGAUGGCAUGCGGCAUGAUCAGCGGCAGCAGCAGCACCAGCAGCAGCAUCCGAAGACUUCCGCUUCCGGCAGUGACCGGCGAAAGUUUAACGCAACAUCCGCUGGCAGAAAGGGACCGGGUACGGGCGUUGAUGAUACUGGCACUGGCAGCAGCAAUAUGCCACUGGCGAGUGAUAUGGAAAUCAGUGGCAUAUCAUUACACUCGCCCCUUUCCGGUGAAGACCGGGGUCGGUGGCAGCGAGCCGGUGUGCCGGAUAUGGCAGUGUCAUCGGCGUCAGCUGCACUGCUGGCGGUUGACGAGGACGAUGAUGAUGCUGACGACGGUGCAUCGGAAAUAAGGGCCCUACCGUUGUUGGCUGGCUCGCAGGAAGAUGAGGGAAUGCAGCAGACACAGCGAGAAGGGAAAUUACCUCCGGAGGCAAUGGGGCGCGGUGUCGUGAGUCCCCACGAGCCCAUCAUGCAGGGCGUCAGCGGUGACGGUUUGGCAAUGUCAGCCGAGCCUCGCACUAAUGCAACACAGCAAACAGCAGAAGGUGCUGCGAUAAGCCAACCGUGCACACUUGAUUGUGGCUCCGAAGGUACCUGUUACAUUUCGCCGGAAGGAUCGUCGUCACUGAUGCGUUGUCUGUGUGCUUUCGGCAAGACAGGGCAGCGCUGCGAAGAAGAUGCAAAAGUGAACACUCCAAGAUUUAGUAAACAUUCGUGGGUUGCAUUUCCAGCGCUCAGAGGAGCUUACAAACAUGUUCAGCUACACAUCGAGUUUCGACCGGAAUCGUUUGAUGGAAUUUUACUACUGACCGGCGAGCGAGACGAUUUGACGGGAGACUUUAUGGCUCUGCUGCUGCACCAAGGGUUCGUCGAGUUCUGGUUCGAUUGUGGAUCUGGAAUGGGUCGCGUCAAGUCAGAGGAAACGAUCGUCCUUAACCAGUGGAACACUAUUACCAUCUAUCGGCACCGGUGGGACGCGUGGCUCGUACUGAACCAAGGCAACCGGGUGCAGGGACGCUCCAAGGGCCUGUUUUCGCGUAUCACUUUCCGUGAGCCAGUUUUCCUCGGCGGGUACGGCAACAUCACUGGCCUGGACCGGAAGCUUCCCGUCAGCACCGGUUUCACCGGAUGUAUACGAAAGUUUGUCGCUAAUGAUCACGAUUACAACUUCCAGCAGGGCUCACUCGGCGACGUGUCACAUGGAUUCGAUAUCCAGGAAUGCAUAACCGAUCGGUGCAGUCGCUAUCCCUGCCAACACGGCGGUAAAUGUCUGCCGUCGGAUGACGGUGCCAUCUGUCUCUGUCCGCUGGGAUUUGGCGGUGAUUUAUGCGAGAUGCGACUGGAUUUACAGGUGCCUUCAUUCAACGGAUCUUCUUAUCUACGAUAUGCUCCACUGGGCGAUAGCUGCAUUAUUUGGUUUGAGCUUAAGAUCAUCAUCAAGCCGCUGCUAGAGGACGGGCUGCUGCUGUACAGCGGGCACCACGAGUAUGGUGAUUACAUUUCGCUCUGCCUCAACAUGGGCCACGUCGAGUUCACGUACGAUCUGGGCAGCGGGCCAGCAACCGUCAGGAGCGAGUUCCCGCUCUCCAUGGGACAGUGGCAUACGAUAAAAGUGUCCCGAACGUCACGGUUGGCCGUGCUGAAGAUCGAUCAGCUGCCGGAAGUGAUGACGGUGUCGCCGAACGGGUUCUGGCAUCUUUCCCUGCCACACAGCCUUUAUCUUGGCGGCAUCCACAAUGUACACACGCUGCCAACGAGCCUGCGGGAUAAAGGAUCAUUCGCCGGGUGCAUUCAGAAGGUCGAUAUCAACGAUCGCACUAUUGCUAUCAUUUCGGAGGCACUCGGUGGAUCGAACGUGGAAAACUGUCCGCAUGCGUGCGUUGCCCGACCGUGCGGUCCACUUGCUAAGUGCGUCCCGAAUCUCGACACCUACGAAUGCCAAUGCAACCCGCAGAACCGCCAGUGCAACAAAGCCGAGGAGCUGCCAUCGGAAGUAAUUGAAAAGCAGCAGCGGCUGCUGAAGCGCAAACAGCAAGAACAGGCAGUCGCACCGCCAUCGUCUCGCUCGACGGUAGCAUCCGAGCCGACGCAGCCGUUAACGACUCCCCUGGGAAGCUCAAUCUCGACGACGCAAGCUCCACCACCGGAAGACAGUACUUUGCCGCAUGAUAAUAAUCCGGCGGAUGUGGGCGACGGUAGCUCGGAGGAAAGUGACGAGGGAUACAACGACUACUACCAGAGUGACGACGGGGAUGAUGACGGCGACGAUGAUGACGAUGACGACGGCAGCUUCAGCACGCAGGGUAUGAGCUCCGGGAACGGUUACAAUCAACCGAGGAAUCGUCGCAGAUGGAACCGGUAUCAAUCGGCUGCGGGUGAAAUAAAAACUGCUCCACCAGCAGCAUCCUCGGCUAAUGAGGCUGAUAAACAACAGUCGCACGCGAACGGAGCAGCAGAAACAUCCUCGACGGUAGCUAGCCCGGCUGCAUCCACCGUCGCUAAUGAAAAGAUAAUCGUUUGGAUCGAUCAGCAGAAAUCAAAGGACUCAUUUUCCACGCAAUCGAAUGAUUACGCAGAUUACGGCGGUGGGGAGAUAGCGAUGGUUGAAAAUGGCAUGGAAUCUGCUGCUGUGGAUGAACGGCCGCAGCACGGCGGGCUCAAGGGUGCGGAGGUCAGGGAGGAUGAGUUUUCCGAGGGUCGACGGUCCGGGGUUUAUGAUGCGAGCACCGGAACGAUGGUGGGUAAUGACCGAAAAAUGACGAUGGUGAUGAAGGCAAACGAUGCAGGCGAAGGUGAUGGAGCGGGUGACAUGAUGCCGGUUGAGCAUGGGGACGAAGAUGAUGAUGAUGAUGACGAUGACGACGACGAUGAUGCGACACAGAGCAACCACAGACCGCAGGUGGAUGUGAGUGAAGAGUCUUCACCCAAGCAUGGCAAGACGGUGAAGGACCCGGCGAACAUUGCCCAUCGGUUGCGGCGGCCGGAAGCAACGCCGGAGACGUUGCCGGCCAGCAAUAAGGAUACGGGCAGCGAUGAACCGUCGUCAUCUUUCGCUGACAGCGAAGACCACCACGACGACGACAAUGACGACAGUAAUAGCGCUGACGAUGUAGCUGCUUACGAUGGCGAUGGGUACGGUAAAGAUUACGACCAGCAUGGCGACCGGAUACCGUACCGGCCCGAUUUUCUGCUUCACCGAAAGCAGGGAAGCUCCUGGCGCAGUCGGGGGAACAGACAGAACCGGCCAGGACAGCAGGGAAAGCAAACCGAGCCCGAGAUCGAUGAGACACUGAUCGAGGAGAUGAACCGGAUUAUGAAAAAUCAUAAUGACAACGACAACGACGCGGAUGAGACACUGGAUGCCAGCUUUUGGGGUGUCGGACCAUCGUCAGACGGGUAUGGUGAGCCGUCCCUUACGCAGCGCGAGUAUGACCUGACCGAGACGGACGCGGAGGAGACUCACGACGAGGGUGCACAUCACCAUCAACAUCACGACCACCGUGCUCCGAGCCAUUACCGCCGUCGGAAUGGGGUUGAGCAGGAGGACGAUGGCGACCAGCACGAAUCAAAGGACACCGGUCUACGGAACCGAUAUGCGGCGCGCGGGCAGCAACCACACCAACAGGACAGUCAAUCAGAUCACCGUCAGCGCCAGCAACAGCAGCAGCAACAGCAUCAACAGCAGCCACAGAAACCACAGGCAGACCCGCGAAAUGACGAGGAUGACAUCCUUCGUAGCAUCAAGUACAAAAACAAAUACUUCCGCAAGUAUCAGGGCGCGUGUUUUACCGGCACGGACAGCUACUUUCACUACAGCGACGCCGAAACGAUGCGGCGUGUCAUUAGCUACGAGAUUGAUUUGAAUCUCCGCUUUAAAACGCACUCGGCGAACGGGCUAAUCCUCUGGACCGGUCGGCACAGUGCCCUAGAGGGUGACGACUUUUUGUCGCUGGGCAUCGAAAAUGGAUAUCUACAUCUUCGAUACAACCUCGGGUCGGGUGAAAUUAACAUCAAAUAUAACUCGACCAAAGUCAGUGACGGGCUUUGGCAUCGAGUGCGGGCGUUAAGAAACUCGCAGGACGGUACGCUGAAGGUUGACGGUGGUAAGCCAAUCACCAGAAGAUCUCCCGGCAAGCUAAGGCAGCUCAACACGGACACUGGGCUCUAUGUCGGUGGGCUGCCGGCGGCGGCUCAUUACACCCGCCAGAGGUACCGGACCGGCAUGGUGGGCUGCAUCUCGGAGCUCAUCCUGGCCGGCGAGCUGCGGUUGAACUUUGACGCGACGAUACUGGGCACGGCACACAACGUCGAGCCGGGCGCUCCGUGAAGGUAGAUGCCCCCGGUGCCUACCGUCCGUCCGUAGAACGCUCCCCGGGCGCCACGUUGCACAGCAUAACCUGCCCCAAAGGUGGGGCGGGUAGUAGGUGGGAAUGAUUGCACCAAAGAAUAGGUUAUAGGCUAAACAAAACGGUAAGAAGCAAACACACAUACACACUCAUUGCUAACAAAGAUAGGCUAAUAACACUACAAUAAAACACAACCAAAGCGAGUAAUAAAACGGUUAAAUGGAAAAGAAAUAUAUAACAAACGCCCAUCUACAGAAACCCGCAGCGGUAACCAAACACAUACACAAAAUGUGUACAAAACACACACACACACGAACACGCAAUCGUCCAUUCAGAAAGAGAAAAUAUCGUGUGUUGAGUAGCUAAUUUCUCAGUGUAUGUAUAGAAACAAGCGGAAUCAUAUUUAUUAACGAAGAAAACAGAAAAAACACAUAAAACACACUGUAAAAUGAAGCAUAGGACACAAACAAUGCAAGGGUAGCCGGAAAAAGAAAAAAAAGUAUGGAAAGAGAGGGAAGAAAAAAACAAAAACAACUACAGUAAGCAUCGAAAAUAAAGAUGAUAAGGUAAACCACGUGUAUGAAAAAACGGGAAUGAAUGUGGAAAGGAGAAUAUUAAACAAACAAAACUUUAAAUCAAGGAGUCAACCGACUAACAGCGUAGCGUGAAGGCGGAUGAAAAAAAGAAAGAAUCUGGCGUUGGAUUAAAUCGAAUCAAGCGAAGCAUUCUGCUAGUGACAGACGGAACUUAACACCGAGUUUAGAAUUUAACUAUUAUUUUAUAAGUACGAACGUGUACGGAGGACAGCGAAAGCAAGGUAAAUAAUGGAUUGGUUUUGAAACAAGCUGCAAGGUAAGUGGAAAUUGUUAAUAAGUAAAAGUUUGUUUUUUUGCUCCAAUUGCCCUUUGAGUUCGUCUACUUUUCAACAAAUCAUGUACUGGGCUAGUUUUAAGAAGUUUUAUGUUAUUUUCAAACAAAAAAUCCUAGCUCUCUUUGCUUGUAACGAGAAGAGCUAUGAUUUAUCUAUCCAUUUAGUAGCAGUAAUGCUGGGACGAUGUUAAAAGAUACUUGACCCAUUCCAUAUUAUUGAGGAAAUAGUCAAUGCAACGUGGAAUAAAUAAUCAAAAAAAGUUGUUGCAACAACAUCUUUGGGCGGAUUGUAAGGUAUUUAAAUCGUAUAAAAAACCUUGUUACACGUUGGGGUUCUAAUUAGAGCAUGCCCUCCAAAUCAUCGAUAGCCCUUCGUGUGAUAUUGUUCAUUGGUUUACUUCAUUUAUUUUGAAAUUUCUGCAUAAGAAAGUAUGCUAGUCAUUAUCUUUUGACGUAAUCAAUCGACAUGCUACCUUCGUUAAUAAGAAGCUUGUUUCAUUAGAAUGUACAAUCGAAUACCUGUAUCCGCCGGCCUUUCCCCGAAGGAUAAAAUCAAACGGUCGUUGGGUGCGAUGGAUUUUUUAGCUAGUUUCUUUCCAUCCUUGUGAAAUUUGUUUUACCUGUGCCUGUAUCCUGCCGUACCCGUGGGUGGAAUUUGAUCCUCGAUUGAUCUAUCCGUUUCGUAGCUCCCGAGUUGCGCCUCGUGUUUCAUUGCAAAAAUAGAACGGAUAUUACGUCAACGCCCCCGUAUGCAAACUUGAGCAUUUGCUUUUCCAGAUAUCUACACACAAACUCACCCACAGAUACAAGCAAUUCCAGCAAGACUGGGACAUUUGCAAAACAUUCACCAAUCGAUAACCGUUGUCAAUCGAGCCGGCGGAGCGGAAGGAAGGGACAAUCCACAGGCGAAACAAUAUCCUGUGUUGGUUGCGGUAGAAAUGGCUGCAAACGACUGGUUUGUUAGUUGAUCUUCAGCUUCAUUCGAUUUUUUUUUCUUCUCUUGCCUUUCACCUGUCCCAAGUGAAGCGGUAAACGCAGCAGCAACAGGGUAAGAGAACACUUGCUUGUGUUACAUGCGUCACGACGGACAGCUGUCAUCGUAUUGUGUAAUUUAUCAAGCGCAAAGCAAAGGCCGCUGAUCGAUUGCGAGGGUUGUCUCGUCCAACCAACGCUUUCGUUGCUAAUACAGCCUUGAGAGACAGUAAACAUAGCGUUCGCAGCGAACGAAACGUUCACUGCACCGUUGAACUUAACCGCAAGUCUAAUUGUGUUUCUAACUUUUCCAAUAUACUGCGCGGGUCAUGCAAUAGUUGAACCAUUUUCAUAAGUGAGCAUUAUAAUUUUUAAUCUUUAUGGCAAGCGUUCAGAAUAAUAAAAAAAACAGACGUCAAUAAAUAGAACGCUUCACGUGCGUUCCUUCCCUUCCCGAUGGAGGCGCCUGGUCAGUUUCAUUGUUCUCUAGUCCUGGUGGUUCCUGUUGGGGGCUAUUUUUUAUGGUGCAGCGAGAUAAAGUUUUUCACUUCUCACCACUUAUCUUCCUGCUCUGCCACCAAGUGGUCCCCAAUUGCCCACUUUCUUCCCCUCCGUUCAUGGCCACUAGACAGCACAAUCUAAUCAACCUGGAUGGUGGAUGGGAUCGAAAAAUGAGUUUGCUACGGGUUGAGAAUCAACGUUGGGACAGGAGCACGGUACACGACGGGACUUUUAAAGUUUAAGCACAACGGGUUGGGUGUGUUCCGUGUUGCUCUUUGCAGUGCUCUCGCAUUAAAUUGACUUGCUGCUAUUUUGAAUUCAUGGAUUAACUGAUUCGGAUUAAAAAACUUACGUUACGAGGAACGAGGAGGAUGUUGCCACAUGGAUGAUAACAUAGCUUGUUUUGUUGCUUGUUGGUUGUUGCUUGAGAAGCGUUUAUAUCUUUCCAUACUGAAGGGAGAGAGUGGAUUCCCAGAAAGUCACUACAGAAUAUGCUAAAGUUUGCCGGCGUUUGUUCACUGAUGUGGGUUUGUGGGACAUAGAUACAGAAAGGCAGCGAAGAAUAGAAGAAUUGUUUGCAAGAGAGAGAAUUAAAGAAAGAGAUAGAGAGAGAAAGAGAGAAAGAUAGAGUAAGGAAACAGUGAAGCACAAUAAGCUUUGUUUAUAGCUUAGUACCGUACUGGGAAGGAAAUGCUCCACUGCUCGAUACCGAUCGAUUUAUUUGAAGAACGUGAAAACAAUCCUUUGACGGUUUUUUUCUACACUUCCUCUAACAUACACUACACUUCUGGGAACUAAAUUGAAACACACAGCGGAAGAAGAUAGAGCAUAUUCUGCUGUUCGUGGAAAUAAAAGAGCAAUUGGAAUUCUUUCACAUUUUACAGUACAUUUUAAUCGAGCGAGCUUUUCCAGGAAGCGAGCUGAUUACGAUGCACCCUUUCAUCGUACGCUUGCAAUGCGAGAGUAAAUUGACUUGAAAUGAAACGUUAUUCCGUGGCUUACGCUAAAGGAGAGUUUCAUUAGAAUAGAACAAAAGCCCAAGCAAAUCGAACGCUGCAGUCCUGCCAACGUCGAAGCGAUAAACAAUGGUGCACCUUGGUCGGUUUUUUUUUCAUUUUGCCGUUUGUCGCAGUGAUGCGAACGACGCUAAAACCGAGCCUUUCGAUUUCGUGGUGGAGAAGCUAUAAAUUAAGGCACAAUUUAUACGCACGUAUGAACAGAGCAUUAUUAACGGAGUUUUUGCUGUUUUUUUUUUCAAUGCUAUUCCCGGAAAACUGUGAAGGAAGCAUUGUGGCGCAAAAAGGGACGAAAUGAUUUAUUAGCCUUCGAUAGCAGCUCGACGCUUGCGUGGCAAUGGUGGGAAGGAAAACGGGGCCAAAAGUUUUCUAGUUCUGCGCACGGCCGCUCCGAAAGGUUAGAUUUAAUUAAAAAAAAAAGGGUUUUGCUAGCUACGGAUGAGUGAUUCGGUUGCCGCAUCGAUAUUCGAUAUGUUGGAGCAUCUGUGCAACUUGGUAUUGGUAUCGGUAAAAGCGCCCAUCAAGUAUGGCUGCUGUAAAAAUCAAACUAGUUUGAUUAAAAUUGGAUAUUUUGAAAUAAUUUGUUUGGUUUGCUUUAGCAUUGAGUUCUCUUCUCACCGGUUGCACGAUAGCAAAUCAAGUACGCUCACUUUAAUCAACACAAUUUCUCAGUCAAUCAAUUCCCACCGUACUGUGUGGAUGAUCUUGUGCGUGGUAAAACUAAAAUCCAGAAACAAUUGUUGAAAACCCCCUUGUUUUCGAGCAGAAACUUGUGCAUUCUAUGACAAGAUGACCAUUUUUAAUUGAGAGCUAUUGCACGAUUAGGUCCAAUAUGUUGAUGAACGUUUUCCCAUUUAUUUUUCUGUUUAUUCUACUGAGAGCAAUCAAGUGUUUUUUUUUCGCUGUUUCUAUUUGCAAUUUCCACUUUCCCUGUAUGCAAGUAGCUUAACCAUGCCUAUCGAAAGGAGUGCCCUAGAGCCUUUAGUAGAGAGGAUCAUUUCACACUCAAACCAUCUCAAAGAAAUAAAAAAUAAACCUUAUAAAGUCCUUCAUUCCCUUCGUAACUCAAACUCAUAAAACCACAAUCAAAAUUCGUCAAUUCUUUCCUUUGCCUUAGGCUUGCAACGAACUGAAGGGAAUGAUUGUGUGCACGUGUGGGUGAAUGUGUGCGUGUGUCUAUGUUAAAACUUCGGAACAGUUUUCCUCAAUCAAGCAAUGUUAAGUGCAUUUGACCAAUAGACUUCAAAGCAAAGAACAUUAAGAGAACAAUAAUGAGCAACACUAUCAUAUCAGCAAAAAUUAAAAGAAUUCAAUUUUAAUGUGAAAAUUUAACAUGGUGGCCGUAAUAAGUUAAAUAACACUGCUUUAGCUUUGAUACGUUUUUUUUUUAUUUCCUCAUAAAGCGUCACCCUGAAAGAAAAUGAAAGGGUUUGUUAGCUUUGUUAUAAGUCUAAUAUAUGCAACAGUCAGUGUAAAAAGCCGAAUACAAAUUAAAACGACUAUUAAAUAAAUAUGAGUUAAAAUUCCUAGCAUCUUUGUUUCAACAAAUCGAACAGGAUAGCAAAACAUUCCUUAUCAUUAGAUCGGAGUGGAAAACAGUGCUUUAUUAAAAAAGGACCGCAUUUAUUGAUACAAGGCAAUGCUGCAACACAUCCCACUGAGGUAGAAAACGUUCAAUACAACUGAAAUAAAGUCGACUUAAGUUUUUAAUCCGUCAAUACAACUAAACAAACAAACACAUACAGCUUGUCUCUAAACGAAUCCGACAGAGGUUUAACAUGUUUUCGCGCGCUUUUAUGCCUCAACAUCACUUGAAGAUAACAAAAAAGCGCUAGAAACAAAAUAAAAAACGAGAGUUAGUAUGUGUGUGUGUGUAUGCAAACAUAUGUGUGAAUGGGUAUUUGUGACGUAUGUGUAUGUAUGCGUAGUACUGAAAAGCAUCAGAGUGUGUGAGUGUGCAGUUUUUAAGUUUGCUUAAAUUUUGGUCGAGUAAAAUCUAUACCAGCAUCCCCAAUUCGUACGCACGAGGAAACAGCAAAGAAAAACACCUAAAAUGGAAAACGCAAGAGCACUGUUUGUACAUAAAAUCGAUGCAUAGUAAAAGAUAGGAUGUGCUCGAGAGAGGAUGUAGCGAAAAAAAAGGAAGAAAAAAAUAAUAAACAAACACAGAUCGAGUAUAAAAGCAUUGCUGUGCGCUGAUGUGCUGAUAGGAUGUAAAGUAACAAUUACGAAAUCCACCCUAAAUGUAUGUAUAUGUGUGUGUGUGUAUGUGUAUAAUUUUAGACAAAAUAAACCGACAAGCUUUGCGUUGCUGGUGUGCACGCAAUGCAACAUUAACUGUGGGUUUAAAUCGAGCAAAACGGCAGCAGCAGCUUAGUGAAACGAUUUUAUAACGCUAGAAGAAGUAUAACAAGACAAAGCUUAGGACAAAAAAACAAAACACAUUGGCAAUUGCUAGUCAACUAAAGCGCUUCGAUUACGAGAGUGAAGGAAAAUGUGUGUUAAAGCAAGCAAACAACCGAAAUAAAGUAAUCAGAUCAUUCGAAUCGCUGCGGCUAAAAUAGUAAAACAAAGAACAAAGCAAAUAAAAUUUAAUAUAAACACUAAGCAGUGCUGAUGUAAAGGAAAAACAACCGUGAAACUAAAUAUACAAUUUGGUAAGCACAAUAAAGAGAUGAAGUAAUAACAGAUUGGAAAACAGCGAGGGUGUAUUGUAAAUAAUGCUAAAAACACGCUACCAUGUUUCGUUCAUUUUUACAAACCAAUGAAGAAAACAACCAAAUAGCCAUAACAACAACGUCAAACAGCUUGCUUUCAAAACAUCCCCAGCUCUGUAACUCUACACAUAUUCGUUUAUGUACUGCGUUUGUAAGCGGUGUUGUAAAGAGUGCAUAACAGAUUGGAAAAACAGCAAGAGAAUAAUGA